AUGCGCCCUGCGCGACGGGACUUCAACCAAGGAUACCCGCCGUCCUCUUUAUACGGCGGGGCCCAAGGAUAUCCGCUCGCUGGUGGACAGGGCCAGAACGGCGGGGCCAUGGGAGGCGGCAUGGGCGGCCCUCACCAGCAACAGCAGCCCAUGCAGCAGACACAGAUGAUGCAGGUUGGACAGCAGUCGGGCGGGCAGCAGCCAGGGCAGGGCUCUGAUGGCCAGCCCAGCGCCCCGUCGCAGGCCCCGCAGCCUGAGAUGAAUCUCGCCAACGUCCUCCACUACCUCCAGAGCGAGUGGCGGCGCUGGGAGCGCGAUCGCAACGAGUGGGAGAUUGAGCGCGCAGAGAUGAGGGCGCGCAUUGCCAUGCUCGAGGGCCAGCGCCGCUCGGCCGAGAACUUGAAGGUCGACCUGCUUCGCCGCGUCAAGAUGCUCGAGUAUGCCCUCCGGAGUGAGAGGACCAAGCCACCAGGUCGUGCAAUCGCCGGUGCGGCGCGUCUCGCGGCUCUCCAGGAUGAGGAUAAGAUGAGCCGCGAUGAAAAGGAGGGCAGCGGGAGUAGCGACGGUGGCGAUGACAACAGCGACCGCGCGGAGCGUCAGCCAAAGGCCAACGGCCUCCACUCUUCGGCGUUGGUCAAGUCAACGGCGCACCGCCCAGUUCCUGACACGACCGCAUGGAAGAACCUCGCUGCUCCUCCGCGUGAUCCCAAGGCGCGCGCGCGUAGCCGCGAGUACCUCAAGCAAUGUCUUCAGGAGAUCUCAUAUCUUACGUCGCCAGGCGCCCUCAAUCCUCUCCCGGCCCGUGCGCCGGUCUCGAUCAAUGAGUCAAACGGAGAAGCUGGAGUUCCGGAGCGUCCUCGCAAGACGCUGUCAGAGCAGCCUAUACCGACUGUCGCCGUCAACGAGCCGGAGGCUAAGGACGAGCCGGUCGCUGCCCCUUUGGCAGCGCCUGCAGCACCUGCUGAGCCUACCGGCGCCACCUCGGAGGCCGCGAGCGAGGCUGCGGGUGCGGCCACUGCUACGACUGUGCAGGAGGCAGUUGCAAGCGCUGUCGUCUCGGACCAGAACUCGCCGUCGCUCCCAAAUGGAUCCGUGGAGAGGAAUGAAGAGCCCCAGGAAUCUUCAGCAACCGCAUCUGAUGAUGCGCCGCCUUCCUCCCCGGCUCCCCGCACUGUUGUGCUUCCCGAAAACGAGCUUCCGUCUGGCGGAUCUCCUCCCCGGCUCUCCACCAUUGAGCCACCAAGGCAGCAGCUCACUGCGAUCUACAAACCUGAGAGCAAAGCCGCGUGGCGUGAGGAGCUGAGGGCCGCGAACGAGGCUGCAAGCAAGGUCCCCUGGCCACCGCGCAAGACGAGCGACGAGGAGCAGCUGGCAGGCCUCACUUUAAUCGACGAGGACAUCAAGGCCGAAGAGGCCGAUGGCGACCGUGUGUGGACGACCCGCCGCGCGCUCAAGAGCCAUCUCGACAUUGUGCGCGGCGUCGCUCUCGCACAUGGACCGGACCUGAUCCUCGCGACUGGAGGAGAUGACUGCACCGUUAAGGUCUGGGCGCUUGAUGCACCCAGCGUCAUGUCAUCCACGUACCGCCCACUUGCAGCAUCCGAACUGGAACCCGCCGCCACUUACCGUGGCCAUACCGAGCCUGUGCUCGCUGUGGCCGUGUCGAGCACUCUGGGAUUAGUGUUCUCUGCUUCGGCGGACUCUACAAUCCGCGUGUGGAAGCUGGCAUCCAAGGGCGACGAUCCGUACGCACCUUACGACCCUUCCAAAGCGGUCGCGACGCUCGAGGGCCAUACCGAUGCCGUGUGGGACGUGUGCUUACUUCCUGCGAGGUCAAGUGCCAACGGAACGCACGGCACGAAGCCCGGCGCUGAGAGCCAGCUCGUGUCGGUGUCUGCCGACGGCACCGCCAAGCUGUGGGAGGAGAAGGACGGCAGGUGGGGAUUACAGGCCUCGUUCCUCGACUUUGAUGGGGCGACGCCGACGUGCGUCUCCGGCGACAACCAGGACUUUGGGCGCGUGCUGGUCGGCCUAUCGAACGGGCUCGUCAAGCUGUACUCCCUCGAGGACGGCAGCGUCGUCCAGACCUUCGGCGAGGAGGACUCGCAGGUCAACGCCAUCCUCAGCCACCCCACAUUACCUUUGGUGGUGACUGGCCACGAGGAUGGCCAUCUCCGCUUCUUUGACUCCAAGACAGGCGCGCAGACCUCGAGCCUCCUGGCACACCCCAAGCCCAUCACGUCGCUGUCGCUGUCGCCUCUGUCCCCCACCUGCGUGUUGUCAGCGAGCGUCGAUUGCAGCGUGCGGCUGUGGGACCUGCAGCGCAAGACGUCGCUACAGGACCUGAACGGGCAUCGGCAGCGAUCGAACGAGGGCGUGACGCACGUUGCGAGCCACCCCGAGCUACCAGUCAUUGCGAGCGCGGGAGCUGACGGCGUCGUGCGUAUCUGGGGUGCAGGGUAA